UUUGCUGCUAUGAUGGGUCUAUCAGUAGGCUCUGAUAUCGAGAAGAAAAUCAAAGUAGCGAAGUGUUUGAUAGAAAAUGGCUCUAAGACAGAUCUGAAGAAUGUGAACGACAAAACGCCUUUAGAGUGUUGUACAGAUGAAAACAUGAAACGGAGUUUGUCUGAGUUUAUAAAACAAAGACACGGAGGAAAGUCAACUGGAUCUUCUGACAGUGGAACGACAAGAACUGUUCCUAAUUUUGCAGAGUUACCAUGUAGACGAUGUUUAGGAAAUCCAGCCUGUAUUACCCUUGUACCGUGUGGUCACAAGUGUCUAUGUCGAGAUUGUGCCCUCAAAGCUAAUAGAUGCCCAGUUUGUGAACAGUUCAUAUUCCGUAGAGUCGCAACUGGUGUGUACACUGUGUUUCCACAAUUUACAUUGUCAACAUCAAUUUAUAUGUAUGUUUCUCGGGUGUAA